ACUGCUGCUGUCCAGCGGUGAACGUGAAUGACAGCGGAGCUCCUCUUCGAAGGUAUCCGCGUGUUAAAGAGUAUUUUUAACUAAAUAAACAGUGUUUAUUUAUUGUUUCUAAUAGUUCCGCUAGCAUGCUACCGUUAGCUUAGCCAGCAGACAGACGUGGAGACACCUGGACACAGUGAGUUUCCUCCAGCUGACCCAGCGUCAGGUGACUGCAGCACCAGCCAUGCUGCUCCACCUCCUGGUACGUCAGCCCCUCUGCUGCCCUCAGUUGUUAACACGAUGCGUCCGGACUCUUCGCUGCGACGCUGCGAGGACGCUGCACUCUCAGGCUGAGCACUUCCUGCGGCGGAGGCUUCCCCUGCGCUUCAGCACACAGAGCCGGGGCGCCAAGAGCCGAAACAGGAAGUCCGAGAGCCAGGAGGAGGCGUGGAAAACCAGGAACAAGACGGUGCUGACGUACAUCACCGCCGCCGGGGUGGGGAUGAUCGGCCUGUCGUACGCUGCAGUGCCGCUCUACAGGCUCUACUGCCAGGCGUCGGGGCUCGGCGGCACGGCGGUGGCCGGCCACGACGCAGAUCUGGUGGAGACGAUGAAACCGGUGAAGGAACGCGUCCUCAAGAUCACCUUCAACGCCGACCGUCACGCCAGCAUGCAGUGGAACUUCAAACCGCAGCAGACGGAGAUCUUUGUGGUUCCAGGUGAGACGGCGCUGGCUUUCUACAGAGCGAAGAACCCCACAGACAAACCCAUCGUGGGCAUCUCCACCUACAACGUGGUGCCCUUUGAGGCGGGACAGUACUUCAACAAGAUCCAGUGUUUCUGCUUCGAGGAGCAGCGUCUGAACCCUCACGAGGAGGUGGACAUGCCCGUCUUCUUCUACAUCGACCCGGAGUUCGACGAGGACCCCCGGAUGGCCCGAGUGGACACCAUCACCCUCUCCUACACCUUCUUCGAGGCCAAGGAGGGUCAGACGCUGCCUCUGCCCGGAUACGGCCGCAAGUGAUCCGUCUGCCGCCGCCGCACUGAGAGGAUCGCCCCAGAUGCUGAACCGGGAGCCGGAUUCUGCUUCAAGACUCAGUCUGAGGAGGCACCGGGUGGAAAAUGUGUAAAAGACAAGAAGGAACGUUCUUCUGCACUUUGUUGAAACCGAAGUACGUGCCGCAGGAAUAUAAGCCUGAAAGAAAAUGGUCCGCCGCACGUCUCGUUGUCCCAGAGUCUCAGCCUGUCAUGUUAGAACUAAUAUAUUCAGAAUAAAGUCGAAAAACUUUUAAUAUUUGAAGUUAGUUUUCACCAAUAAGUUAAUAAGUUGUCUUCUUCACAGCGGGCCGGACGGUCCGGGACGACAAUUUGCACACGAAGCAACUCAUUUUAUUCUGAUUGUCUUGGAAACAUUAAAACGAAACUCAGUCAUCAGAUAUAUUUAUUUUCCCACCACUGGCCCCGAUACUCUCGUCAUAUGAGCCUCAGCAAGCUGAAUGUCCUGGAACCCUGGAAUUCUGCAAUGCAGUGAUUGAAAAGUCCUGAAAACGCCUUGAAAGAGGCAUCAGAAUCUGGAAUUUCGCUCCAUUGGCUGAUAUGUUAGCUUUACUCUUGCAUAUGGUCGAGGUGAAGAAACGUUGAACAGACAGAAAUUAAAAACCAGAACUUUUUCUCGUGUCACUAAAGAGCUUUUUGUUUAUGCACUGAUGCCUGAGAGGAUUUAUCAGAAACUGUAUUGUACGUUUAUCACAGCAGAUAAAAGUUCAACCGGCUGAAGAUGAAUCAAUAAAUAUUGAGUAUGAACCGAG